GUUUUCACUCGGAACUUGCACAGAUCGGAUCUCUUUUAAAACUAAAAACUGAAAAUGACUUUACCUUUGUCAGAAAAGUUUCUGUUUUGUAUCUUUUUCCUGGCCCAUCUUCAUGUGGAAACUUACGCGUUUUUUAAUCCCUAUCACAUGGUUAUACCUCCAAACGUUCUCGAAGAUGCUGACUUGGAUACGUUCCAACUGAUUAGUAAAUAUGGAUAUCCAGCCGAUAAUUAUACAGUCGAAACAGACGAUGGAUAUAUAUUAGGAGUGCACAGGAUCGCCCGACCAGGAGCUAUACCUGUGCUGAUGGUUCAUGGUCUUUUGGAUUGUUCAGCCACUUGGGUGAUGUUGGGACCAACAAAGUCUCUAGGUUACCUAGUAUAUGAACAGGGCUACGAUGUCUGGAUGGCCAAUGUCCGGGGUAAUACCUAUUCAAAAAGACAUGUCCGUUACACCUCUGAUGACCCUGAGUUCUGGGAUUUCUCCUUCCAUGAAAUGGGUGUCUAUGAUGUGCCCAGCAUCAUUGAUUUCGUACUGAUGCGUACUGGAUUUAGUCAGCUGUACUACAUUGCUCACUCCCAGGGAACGGCUAGCUUUUGGAUCAUGGCCAGUGAGAAACCCCAGUAUAUGGAUAAAAUCAUUUUGAUGCAGGCCUUGGCCCCGGUGGCCUACUUGACCCACUGUCGCAGUCCCGUUGUGAAUUUGUUGGCUGCCCAAGAUGCGGCGUUGACAUUUAUUCUUAGAUCCACUGGUUAUAAUGAGUUCUUCCCGAGUACCACUUUGAUAAACUGGUUAAAGCGGGUUGGUUGCCAUGAAACGACUAUAACCAACAUGUUCUGCGAAAGCCUAUUCUUCAUCAUAUUUGGAUUCAAUUAUCAGCAGCUGAAUGCAACGUUGCUUCCAAUAGUGACGGGUCACACGCCGGCAGGAGCAUCCAUGAAGCAGUUGAAUCAUUACGGACAGUUGAGGAACUCACGAAGAUUCCAGCUUUUUGACUAUGGGAUUUUGAAUAUUUUCCAUUACGGUAGUAUUUUUCCACCAAUUUACAAACUGGAGAAUGUCAAGGCCAAGGUGGCGUUAUAUCACGCCAAUAACGACUGGUUGGCUCCGCCGGAGGAUGUGGAAUUACUAUACGAACAACUUCCUAAUGUCGUGGAUAAGUAUCUGGUGCCAGAUGAAGACUUCACCCACUUGGAUCUGAUCUGGGGUAUCGAUGCCAAGAGACUUGUCUGGGACAGAAUGUUAGCAGUUAUGAAGUUUUAUGAGCCGCGCUCUUUCUCAGAUUUUGAUAACGAAGAUUAUAAUAAUUUUUUGUAAUUCUUUGAGUAUAAUAAAAAUGUUUUAAUUGUAAAAAUUAA